AUGAGUAACUAUAAGCAAUUUGGUGGUGGAGCCCAAAGUAGGGGCUUCAGCUCAGUCUCUGUGUCCAGAAGCAGUGGAAGCUUUGGAGGUGCUGGUGGAGCCGGUGGAGGUGGUGGAGCUGGCUCUGGCUUUGGUAGCAGAAGCCUGUAUAACAUAGGAAAUAGAAAGAGCGUUACCAUCAGUACUGCAGGUGGUCAAUCAUAUGGAGGUGGAGCAGGGGGUUUUGGUGUAGGAAUUAGUGGUGGUGGAGGUGGUGGUGGUUAUGGUGGUGGAGCAGGAGGAUUUGGCUCCUUUGGAGGUGCUGGGUUUGCUGGUGGAGCCCAGGCUGGUAUUCAAGAAGUUGUAAUCAACCAAAGUCUUCUGGCACCACUGAAUUUGGAGAUUGACCCUAAUAUACAGAAGGUCCGAGUCCACGAAAGAGAACAGAUCAAAACAUUGAACAAUAAAUUUGCUUCCUUCAUUGACAAGGUUCGGUUCCUUGAGCAACAAAACAAAGUGCUUGAAACAAAAUGGAGCCUCUUACAAGAACAAGGAGGUCAAGUCAGCAAAGGAGGCUCCCGCAGAGGAAACACAGAGACUAUUUUCGAAGCAUAUGUCAGCAGCUUGAAGAGACAGCUGGAUGCCCUGCAAAAUGAUAAGUACAGGCUGGAUGGGGAACUUAGGAACAUGCAAGAUAUGGUGGAUGAUUUCAAAAACAAAUAUGAAGAUGAAAUUAACAAGAGGACAUCAGCAGAGAAUGAGUUUGUUGUGAUUAAAAAGGAUGUGGAUGCUGCCUACAUGAUCAAAGUGGAGCUGGAAGCCAAAGUUGAUGCCUUAUCUGAUGAAAUCAACUUCCUCAGGGCCUUCUACGAACAGGAAAUGGCUCAAAUUCAAGCUCAAGUCUCCGACACGUCUGUCAUUCUAUCUAUGGACAACAACAGAGCUUUGGACCUGGACAGCAUCAUUGCUGAGGUGAAGGCUCAGUAUGAAGACAUUGCUAAAAAGAGCAGAUCAGAGGCUGAGGCUGUUUACCAAGGCAAGGUGAAAGAGCUGCAAGCAUCUGCUGGCCAACAAGGUGAUGUUCUGCGCAACACCAAGAAUGAGAUCUCUGAGCUGAACCGCAAGCUCCAGAGGCUGAAAGCUGAAAUCGAAAAUGUGAAAAAACAGAAUGCUAAGCUUCAGACAGCCAUCGCUGAAGCAGAGGACCGCGGUGAGCUUGUGCUGAAAGAUGCCCAUUCGAAAUUGGCUGAACUGGAAGCCGCCCUACAGAAUGCCAAGCAGGAGAUGGCUCGCCAAUUACGAGAAUACCAGGAGCUGAUGAAUGUCAAACUGGCUCUGGAUGUUGAAAUUGCCACCUACAGGAAACUGCUGGAAGGAGAGGAAUCCCGGUUGACUACAGACAAUAAUGUCAGCAUCUCUGUGAUCAGUGGAAAGACAUCUCUGGGCGGAGGAGGAGGAGGCGGUGGUGGAGCAGGAGGAAGCUACAGCUAUAGCUCUGGGGGAGGAGGAGGAGGAUCUGCCGGAGGUUUCUACUCUGGAGGAGGUGGAGGAGGAUCUUCUGGAGGUUUCUACUCUGGAGGAGGUGGCGGAUUCAGCUCGGCAAGCUCAGGAUAUGGCAUUUCAUCCGGUGGCGGCGGCGGUGGUGGUGGCAGCAGUGCUAGAUUUGUAUCCAGCCAAUUAAGCUUCAGAAGUUAAAUCCAAGAUGUUUCACUUUUAUAAAACCCCUUAAAUGUACCUAAUGCUUACAAAGAUGUAUAACAUUAUUGUCACAGCCUUGCAAUUCUACUUUUCUGUUCAAGAAUCUGUAGGGCUUAUUUCUAAAUGCCUCUUUAAGGAUCCAUAUUAAUUUGUUACAAAUCUAGCAUCUUCAGGAGAUAGAGCCACACACAAGAUUGCAGUUUAGCGUCACCCUGCCCUAAUGUCUAAAAAUAAAACAAUUUGAAUGAAACAUAUCAGAACAAAGUAGGUAGAAACAUAAAAGAGAAAAAAUGAAAACUGCAAUUUAUUUUCUGCCCUCUGAUCAGUGCUGCCUUAUGCUAUCCCGUCCUAAGUCUAAUAAGUCCUGAUGACGACACUAACUCAUAAUUGCCCAAUUUUCCUGUCAGUUUUUCAGGAGCAUGUGGCUGGGAAUUGACGAUGCCAAUGAAAUGGGCAGGGCAAAUUGUGUUGCACUGCAGGAGGUACAAAUGUAACAUCUGGAGAAGGUUUAGAGUUGGGAAAUGAACUCACUGGCAACUCUUAAUCCCAGUACAUGCAAAAGCAGGCAGUGUUUGUUCUGUAUACAAAAAAAUUAUAAUAUGUUUCCUUGUCCACAUUUGCAUUAUUAAAGUCCUCUCGCACCCACCUUUUGAGAGAAUUGACUGCUCUAGAAUGUUUCCCCCUAAUUCAAGAGUCACUCAGACAUUUACAUUUGAGCUAAAUGCUAGCAAGCAAUCUGUACUCAAAUGUUUACCAUUUGAAUGUUUACAGCCAUUGUGUUUUUCGUGAGAUGAAUAAAGGAAGUUAUUUCAUACAGUACACUGCCCUUAUUGUUGUUGUCACUGUUACCUUGACAAUCAUGCAC